CAGCUGCUGCUAGAGAAGGGGGCCGACGUGAACGUGCAGGGUGCAUACUACGGCAAUGCACUCCAGGCAGCGUCGUUCAGCGGUAAUCAUGCCACAGUGCAGCUGCUGCUCGAGAAGGGGGCCAAGGUGAAUGCGCAGGGUGGAUACUUUGGCAAUGCACUCCAGGCAGCGUCGUGGAGAGGUAAUAAUGCCACAGUGCAGCUGCUGCUCGAGAAGGGGGCGGAUGUGAAUGCACAGGGUGGAGGCUAUGGCAAUGCACUCCAGGCAGCGUCGUCCAGCGGUAAGUAUGCCACAGUGCAGCUGCUACUCGAGAAGGGGGCCGAGGUGAAUGUGCAGGGUGGCAGAUACAACAAUGCACUCAAUGCAGCGUCGGAAGGCGGUCACCAUCAUAUUAUGAAAUUACUGUUACAGAAUGGAGCAAUCAAGGUGAGCACCAGUAGCUUGGGGAACAACAUCAAGACACCCGAAGACCACUCACAUGAUGGAAAAGACGCGGAAAGUAUCCCCGGUGAAGAAGAAGGGAUUCCGGGUGAUGAUGAAAUAUGA